GGCGCGACGCUUACACGUCUUCCUCUUGAUAAUAAAUCCAUUAAAUAUUGUCAGCGCGAAGGAAAAAAAUAGUUUGAUUAAGUUUCGGCCGGUUUCAUUGCGAAUUCGUGUAAACAAAAUAAUAAUUUCUGUGUUUAUAUUUGUGUUUGAAAACUGAAUGAUUCCUUGUGAUAAUCGCGGCGACGUUCGUUCUACCUACGAUGCGUGGUGGUUUGUUGAGAUGGCGCUCGUUGUGGAUCUGCGGAGGAGCGCUCUUAGCGCUUUCCGCGUUCGUCGCGGCCCUGACGUGGGGCGCGAUCUUCGAUUCAGCCUUCGGUUCUCAACUGGCGCUGAUACCUGACUCUAGGUCGUUCAUGAGGUGGCUAGAACCGGACGUGCCCAUAUUCUUCGAUAUAUACAUGUUCAACUGGACCAACCCUGAGCGAUUCCCGGAGGAAAAACCAAAUUUUGAAGAAAUAGGUCCUUACCGUUACCAGGAGCAUAGACGUCACGUGAAUAUCUCGUGGCACCCAGAGAACGGCACGAUUGGGUACAGGACGCUUCGCAGCUGGGUGUGGGACGAGUCCAGCGUUGGGUCACAAGACGACAUUAUCACAACCAUUGACGUUAUAACCGCUUCAGCGAUUUACCAGGCGAGGUUCAGUGGAUUUAUCGAACAGAAGCUCGUGUCUUUGACCCUGACGAGCUCGCAGCACACGAAGGUGUCCGUAACGGCGAGAGCCAGUGAGUUCCUCUUCGAAGGCUACGAGGACCCGCUCUUGAACCUGGCCAAGCUGAUGCCAGCCAGUGUUAGAGGAGGUGCACCAGCUCUGGAUCGAUUCGGCUGGUUCUUCUCUAGGAACAACACGGAUACUGACGGCUACAUGGAAGUGACUUCGGGGACCCGGGACGGACUUCCCGGCCAGAUCUUGAGAUGGAACUAUCAGGAUCACAUACCGUUUUACGACGGCGAAUGCUCCAAGUUAUCAGGAAGCGCUGGCGAGUAUAUCCCGAGGAACCUGACUGAGGACUCGAAGCUGACGAUGUACGUGCCCGAUCUCUGCAGAACCGUUAACAUGGAGUUUGUGGAGAGUGGGGUUCAAAACGGACUGAAAUACAACAAAUAUGAAGUCAACGAGAGAAGCUUUGAUAACUCGUCGACGUCGCCGGAGAACACGUGCUUCUGUAAGGGCGAGUGCGCGUGGGGGGGCGUCAUGAACGUGUCGGCGUGCCGCUUCGGCUCCCCCGCCUUCAUCACCCUGCCGCACUUCCUGCACGGAGACCCCGCCCUGCUGGACCAGGUCACCGGCAUGAACCCGGAUCCGGACAAGCACUCGUUCUAUUUCGCUGUCGAACCUAAACUGGGCGUCCCCAUAGACGUGGCGGGCAGGUUUCAGUUCAAUGUCUACGUGGAGCCGAGCGACCACAUCACAUUGUAUGAGAACAUGCCACGGAUGCUGUUCCCGGUGUUCUGGGUGGAACAGAAGGCCAAGAUCGAUCCAAAAAUCAUUUCGGAGCUGAGGACGGUACGCGGUAUCCUGGACUGGGGCCCGACCUUCUGCGCUUGCUUCGCCGUCGUGAUAGCGUUGCUGGUGACCGCCAUCACGUGCUGCACCAAGCGAACAGAGUACACGCGGCCCCACGACCUCCUCAAGCCCUACGAGAAGCCCAAAGACGAAGCGGAAAUGAAACUGAAUCCUAUAUGAGGGAAUUUAGAAUUUACAUAUAUGUGUCUUUUUUUUAAUGUUGUAAAGUUCUAUUUUGUAAAAUUCGUUUGAGCUCACAGAAUGAACGUUGAUGCAUUCAGGUUAAUAAGCGCAGGUCAAAAUCUGGCCUCGGAUUUAAGAGGUAUCAGGCUCGGAAUGAGCAGUAUAAUAUGUCAUUAUCUAAAUACUUUGAUUCAACAAAUAAUACUCAAAAAAAUUCGAUUGGAAAAUGAUUGCAAUGAUUUUUUUAAAUCCAGAAUCAAUGCUCUAUUAUUAUAACAUUUAAUAUAUGUCAAAUUGUCUGUACUAAUGUAAUCUAUGAUGCCUUUGAGAUGAGAGUUGAGGUCCCAAAGUAAUGAACAUUUUCCAAAUAAGAUAUGACCUAAAGGUCUUAGUUACCAGGUUAUAAAAUCCC